GAAAAGCAUAAAAGCAUCUCUGACUGCUCUGAGAUGAAGAGAGGGUCCUCUGCAACCUGUAUAUUAGUGAAAAAUCUACACGUAAAGAUAUGUGUAGGGUUUUGAAAACAAAAACUAGUUUGCUAUAGCAAAGCGGAAGCCAUGGCAGACGAAGAGGGUGGUGUAGCAGUUAAGACACCAGAAAACAAAGCGAAACAAAUGGUUGCAAAAUCAACAUGGAACGAGUUUGUAGCAGAGGCCAAAAAUAUCAGUUUAAUUUUCUUUCCUAUGCUGCUUGUUUCAACCAUGCAAUAUUUGUUAAGAUUUCUGUCCACUUUAAUGAUUGGCCAUGUUGGGAAACUUUCUCUCUCGAGUGCUGUCGUUUCCAUGUCUUUUACUAAUGUUACAGGCUUCAGUCUUCUGUAUGGAAUGUCCGGUGCACUGGAAACAUCAUGUGGUCAAGCCUAUGGAGCAAAGCAGCACAAAAAGCUUUCCAUCUAUACUUAUGGGGCCAUUAUAUCGCUACUUAUACUUUGCAUACCAGUAACUAUUUUAUGGAUCUUCGUGGAAGAACUUCUGAUCAUUAUCCACCAAGACCCUCAAAUUUCACACGAAGCCGGAAGGUUUGCAAUCUGCUCAAUACCAGCAUUGUUCUCCUAUGCUAUCCUUCAACCGUUGGUUCGCUACUUGCAGUCUCAGUAUUUGCUUCUUCCUUUGCUUGCAAGUUCACUUUCAACUCUGGCUUUUCAUGUCCCCGUUUGUUGGGCAUUUGUAUUUAAGUUUCGUAUGGGAAGUGAUGGAGCAGCACUAGCUAUUGGUUUAUCAUAUUGCUUCAAUGCCAUCUUUCUUGGCCUUUACGCCAUGUUUUCACCAAAAUGUGCUGAUACUCGUGCUCCAUUCUCUAUGGAGGUUUUUAGUACAAUCAAGGACUUUUUCAAAAUUGGUAUCCCAUCUGCUCUCAUGGUCUGUCUUGAAUGGUGGGCAUGCGAGAUAAUCAUAUUUCUGGCUGGGGUCAUGAAAAAUCCCCAAGUGGAGACUUCAGUGCUGUCUAUUAUUAUUACAGUCGUGCUCCUGCAUAAUUUUGCCCCAUACUCUCUUUCAGUUGCGGCAAGUGUUCGGGUUUCAAGUGAAUUAGGGGCUGGAAAUGCAAAGGCAGUUCGGAGGACUGUCUGGGUAGUUAUGGUUCUUGGUGUUACAGAGAUGAGCAUUUCAGCUUUAGUAGUUUUCAGCCUGCGUAAUAUUUUGGGACGUGCAUUUGUGAGCGAUAACCAAAUAGCGGCCUAUGUGAGGAGAAUGACUCCAUAUAUAUGUCUCACAAUGAUCUUUGACAGCAUUCAUCGGAUACUUUCUGGAGUUGCCAGAGGAACCGGGUGGCAGGGCCUUGGGGCUUGCGUGACUCUCGGGGCAUAUUAUCUAGUCGGAAUUCCAGUGGCUCUACUGUUGGGGUUUCUGGUGCAUUUGAGGGCCAAGGGUCUUUGGAUUGGUUUAUUAACAGGAGGUCUGGUGCAGAGUCUUCAGCUUGCUAUUAUUACAAGUUUAUCAGAAUGGCAAAAAGAGGUAGAAAACACGAGGGCAAGGGUGCUUGACUCGAAGUGAGAAAAGGUUUCGCCAUUAGGCUCCCUGCACAACUGCAGCCGGAGGUGAAGACCAGUUACAUGAGUACCUCAGGAUAUGUACCUUGGAUUCUCCUGUGUGUUUCGAUGUUUCUGUAGUUCAAGCUUAAAAAGCAACACUGAAUAAUCUUCAGAAAAGCAUUAAACUAAAGAAUAGAAAUACUUGAAUUACUAUCGGAAAACUGAGC